GCUGCGGCGGCGGCGGUGGCGGUGGCAGCGGUGGCGGCUGCUAGUCCUAGCCUGGCGGGGGCGGGGGUCUGGAGGAUGGGGGCGGGUGGAACAACGGGCCGGUGAGGAGCAGCCGCCGCCGUCUCCGCCGUCGCUGGGGCAGCUGCCGCGGUGGUCGCCUCUGGCAGUGCCGAUCGCUUUCGGGCAGUCGCCUCUCCUCCCGACAUCCCGCCUUGAGGAGGCUGAGGCGGAAUCGCGGCUGGCGGCGGGGGGACGGACCGGCCCCGCAGUGGCCGCAGUGACAGCCCGGACCCGGCCCUCCGCCCGCUUGCUCCUCGGCGCCCGCAGCCACGAUGAACCGGGGCGGCAGCAGCCCGUCGGCCGCCGCCAACUACCUGCUCUGUACCAACUGCCGGAAAGUGCUGCGGAAGGAUAAAAGAAUCAGAGUAUCUCAACCCUUGACAAGAGGACCAAGUGCCUUUAUUCCAGAGAAGGAAGUUGUCCAAGCAAACACAGUGGAUGAACGUACUAACUUUCUUGUGGAAGAAUACUCUACAUCCGGUCGUCUGGACAACAUCACACAGGUCAUGAGUUUGCACACUCAGUACCUGGAGUCUUUCUUGCGGAGCCAGUUUUACAUGUUGCGCAUGGAUGGUCCCCUUCCUCUACCAUACAGGCACUAUAUUGCAAUAAUGGCUGCAGCUAGACAUCAGUGUUCUUACUUAAUAAACAUGCAUGUGGAUGAAUUUUUAAAGACUGGAGGUAUUGCUGAGUGGUUGAAUGGUUUGGAAUAUGUGCCACAAAGACUGAAAAAUCUUAAUGAAAUUAAUAAGCUGCUAGCACACCGACCUUGGCUGAUCACAAAAGAGCACAUUCAGAAACUUGUCAAAACUGGAGAAAAUAAUUGGUCUCUGCCUGAACUGGUACAUGCUGUGGUCCUCCUGGCACAUUAUCAUGCUUUGGCAAGCUUUGUUUUUGGUAGUGGUAUCAAUCCAGAGAGAGAUCCAGAAAUCUCCAAUGGAUUCACGCUAAUAUCAGUCAACAAUUUCUGCGUUUGUGAUCUUGCUAAUGACAACAACAUAGAGAAUGCAUCUCUUUCAGGCGGCAACUUUGGGAUUGUGGAUUCUCUAAGUGAGCUAGAGGCCUUAAUGGAAAGGAUGAAAAGACUUCAAGAAGAAACGGAAGAUGAAGAGGCGUCUCAGGAAGAAAUGAGCACUCGUUUUGAAAAGGAGAAGAAAGAAAGUCUUUUUGUGGUCUCUGGAGAUACUUUUCAUUCAUUUCCUCAUUCAGAUUUUGAGGAUGACAUGAUUAUAACAUCUGAUGUCUCUCGAUACAUUGAAGACCCUGGUUUUGGUUAUGAAGACUUUGCGAGACGAGGAGAAGAGCAUUUGCCAACAUUUCGAGCUCAGGACUAUACCUGGGAAAAUCAUGGGUUCUCCCUGGUGAACAGACUUUAUUCUGACAUUGGACAUCUUCUUGAUGAAAAGUUUCGGAUGGUCUACAAUCUCACAUAUAACACUAUGGCCACCCAUGAGGAUGUUGACACAACCAUGCUGCGCAGAGCUUUAUUUAACUACGUUCACUGUAUGUUUGGAAUCAGGUAUGAUGACUAUGAUUAUGGAGAAGUUAAUCAAUUACUUGAAAGAAGCCUGAAGGUUUACAUUAAAACAGUGACCUGCUAUCCUGAGAGGACUACAAAACGCAUGUAUGAUAGUUACUGGCGGCAGUUCAAACACUCAGAAAAGGUUCAUGUCAAUCUACUUUUAAUGGAAGCACGAAUGCAAGCUGAACUUCUUUAUGCUCUUCGUGCCAUAACUCGGCAUUUGACCUGAAGUAUCACCCAAGGAAAAUGUCAUACAUGUGUAAAGACCUUUCACAUAAGAUAAAUAUCAGAAGUUAUUUGUGAUAUAACAUCAAAAAUUAUUCAGUUCUCUAAUGUCAAAGUUUA